CCACAUGAAUUUUAUUCGUCCCAUCUUUUUUCUUUUUAUUCUAUGUCUACACUACAUAACAACAUGACUCAACAUAUUUCUAUUCAUCCAUUGGCAACCAAUAGCGGAUUCAUUCCUUCUCUUCCUACCACCACAAAGAACGUUGAAUUAACGGUGUCUGCCAAACUAUUAAUGAAUCACAAUCUAAAUAAGGACUUUACUGCAAAGUACGUCCUCGGUCAAGAACUUGGAAGUGGUGGUUUCGGCUUUGUCGUAUCAGCACAUGAAAGAGCAACCGGUAUCGAAAGAGCCGUGAAAUUCAUCAUCCGGAAAAAAGUCCCUUCAAACGCUUGGGUAUGUGAUCCAAACAUGGGCAUGAUUCCAAUGGAAAUUUACACUUUAAAGCACGUUCAUCAUCAAAAUAUCAUUCAUUAUUGCGACUCAUAUCAAGAUGACACUUACUUUUAUCUCGUUAUGGAGUUACAUGGCACUCAAUGGGUUCCUCCUCCCACAUUUAAUUCCAUUCACUCUCCAGCCUUAUCACAAAACUCACAAUCUACCAUCGAUGAAGAUGAACUGGUUGAACCAGUCUCUCAACGUCAGUUUGUACGCAGAACAUCCUGUGAUCUCUUUGAGUGUAUUGAACAACACAAGCACUUUGAAGAAGCCUUAGCCAAGAAAAUAUUCAAGCAGAUCGCUAGUUGUGUUGCCUAUCUCGAGUCCAUUGGUGUCUGUCACCGUGACAUUAAGGACGAGAACAUUGUUAUCGACCAAGACUACAAGGUCAAACUCAUUGAUUUUGGAUCUUCAGUGCUGUUGCAUCGUCAUUCUUCAUCAUCACCCAAAAAGUUCACGAGGUUCUAUGGGACAUUAUCAUUUGCUUCACCCGAAAUUUUAUUGUCUAACCCCUAUCGAGCCGAACCAGCCGAAAUCUGGUCGUUGGGAGUCUUAUUAUUCACAUUAUUAUUUGGCGAGAUUCCUUUCCCUGAUUCGAAAUCUGCUAUUGAAGGUCAUAUCUUGAAGCCAAAGAUUCGUGUGUCUUCUCACUGUCAACAUUUAAUUAGUUGUUUACUUCAAAAAAAUCCCGAUGAUAGACUCAACAUUCAUCAAGUCUUGAAUCAUCCUUGGUUAAAGGAAUAAUUCUAAAACAGCAUUUCAACAACAACAACAACAACAACAACAAAAUUCUUUCUUUUUUAAGCAGCAGCAGCAUUAUAUAUUUUAUCAACUUUUUUUUUUUUAUGACACCCAAUUUAUAUCUUAUCAUGAC